AUGCGACACCCUUCUACACUUGUGCCCAUCAUAGCUUCCAUAGCAGCCUUCGUGCUAGUCUUACUGGCUCUCGUCGCCGGUUCUAGCAAAGGCUUCAUGGAAAGCUACGACGUCGUCACAUUCAACACGUCAACCCUUGGACAGAACCUUGUCUACAAUCAACUCAGCGAUAAUCAGCCUGGCUCAGAGGCUGAUGGGGUAUGUGAAAAGCUGGGGUUUCUCAGCAAGGCCUGCGAAGACGCUACUGGUGCGGUCGGAGACGCAAAAGACGACCUGGUGAACGCCCUAGGCGACAUUGAGAACGAUAUAGCGGACCAACUAGCAGAGAAGCUGGGCAUCCACGAAUUCUACUCUCUUCAUGCGAGAACUGUCUGCGAGGGCGAGUACAGCCCUAGCCCAACAGCCAAGGGCGCAGGCAGGACUGUCGCUAAUUGCAUCAAGACUUUCCCUAGCGGCUUCAACGUAUCCGACAUCCUUGACAAGGAACUCCGCGUCGGCCCCUUUAAGCUCACGCUAGAAGACAUUGGCUUCAACGACGAAGUCCAAAGCGCCCUCGACACGCUCAACCGCGUCAUCAGAGCCUUCGCCAUAAUUCUCAUCGUUGACGUUAUCCUCACCGGCCUCUCCAUGCUCGCCUCCCUCCUCGCCAUCUUCUUCCUCGGCAACAAGGAACGGCCGACACUCAUCAUCAAUGCUGUGCUCUCGAGUAUCGCCUUCAUUCUCGUCCUCAUCACCGGUAUCCUCGCUACAGUCGGAUCCCGGAUUGCCGCCUCAAAGGCCAACAAAUACGGAAAGGAUAUCGGUUUGAGCGCCAAGGCGGGAACCAAGUAUACGAUCCUCAUUUGGGUCGCGGUUGGGUUUUCAUUGCUCACAGUCGUGGGGUGGGUGUUCCAGGCGUUGAGGUAUAGGAACGGGAAGACGAUGGGUCACCGACACCAUGGGGCGAGAAAUAAGGAAGGGUAUAGGGACUCGGAGGAGAGUGCCAUGGCGCAUUCAGAUAGGCCGGUUUGGAAUGGUAGGGGUAUGAGGGAGGUGCAGUUUGCGAGGACGAGGUAG